UAUCAUUGGCUGAAUUUGCAUAAUUCUAAGUGGUUUUCUUCUUCUGAAUUCUGAUCUCUGAGCACUGAUCUGAAUUCUUAUGCAACUGAAGCAAUAUUAUUGACAUUCGUAGAUUGCUGAUAGAUCAUAGAAAAGGGUUUCGUUUUUGUGUUUAAUAUAAGUGCACUGCUUUGGAUAUUUAUUGAGGUUGAAGGUUGCAAUCAAUAGUUCAAAAUUCUGAUUUAUAGAAUAAGAAAGAAACCCUAAUUCUCGUUAGAGCAAUGCAAUUUAUUUGUAUCCUUCUCUCAAGAUUCACCUGCAGCCAUCGAUCUCAAUUUGAUACACCCUUUUAAGUGUUUGAUUUAUAUGUUCGUUUUUCAAAUUUGUACAUCACACAGGUUAGUUAAAGAAAGAUUGUUGUCAGAUUGAGUGAAAUGAGGGAUAUCGUUGCCCCAUAACUAGGGUUUAUAUAGAAAUGCUUGCCUGUUAAUGGGCCUUUGAGAUUUGAUCCACACUGGCUUUUUGGGGUUGCCGUGUUGGCCUCUGGUUACAUUCUAAAUGGCCUUCAUUGCUCAGGAAAUCAGUAGAUUUGACGCAAAAGCAUAUGUAUUGUCCAGAGGCACAACUAGACUUGUGUGUGAUAAGGUUUUCAGGCCUUUGUCAAUCAAGGGUAGAAAAUGGUUCAAUGGUUCUUAUUGUCAAUUACAAGCUUUGUGAAGAUAUAAGUGUAUUGCAUCAAAGCUAUUAUAUAAGUCUAUUGGGAAUUCUGGUAAAAUUUGCCUUCUUUACUAAUAUAUGCCUGACAAUGCUCCAUUUCUUGAAACCCUUAGCAUUUGUUGAUUGUUUAAGCUCUCUGGGAAUUGAAUUGAAUGGGACCUUCGUAUUCCACUUUCCCAUGUCCUGAACAAAGUGCAGAUCUGAUAUUUUGGAAGUCUGCAAAUUCUUGUGUGAAGUUGUUGGGUGUAAUGGAACAGUCUGGAAAGAAAAAUCCUUCCAAGGGUCUCUUGCAGAGUGAGGAGCUGUAUCAGUAUCUUCUGGAGACUAGCGUGUACCCCCGUGAACCCGAGCCUCUCAAGGAGCUCAGAGAUAUUACUGCAACUCAUCCAAAAGCCGUGAUGGCCACUGCCCCAGAUGCAGGUCAGUUAAUGGACAUGCUCUUGAGGCUGGUUAAUGCAAAAAAGACGAUUGAAAUUGGAGUUUUCACUGGUUACUCUCUUCUCCUCACUGCUCUUUCCAUUCCUGAUGAUGGCAAGAUCACAGCCAUUGAUGUAGAUCGACAGGCAUAUGAGAUGGGGUUGCCGGUUAUUAGAAAAGCUGGUGUUGAACACAAAAUCAACUUCAUUGAGUCACAAGCUCUACCAGUUCUUGAUAAACUCUUAGAAGAACAUGAAAAUGAAGGGAUCUUUGACUUUGCCUUUGUUGAUGCUGACAAAGUUAACUAUAAAAACUACCAUGAGAGGCUGAUGAAACUGUUGAAGAUGGGCGGGAUAGUUGUGUACGAUAAUACUCUUCGAGGUGGAACAGUUGCAAUGCCCGAAGAGUUAGUUGCAGAGAAUCUGAGAGAGAAUAGGCGGUUGACCAUCGAGCUUAACAAUUUUCUAGCAGCUGAUCCUCGCGUUCAAAUUUGCCUUGCUCCAUUGGGCGAUGGCAUCACAAUCUGCAGGCGGGUCUGCUGAUAAAUGCUUAUUAAGGUUUCACAAACUAUACUUCCUACCAUUGUUUUGGGUUCUGAAAUAAUAGCAUUGAACUUCGGAGUUGUUGGAUCAUAUCUAUGGUUGUGAAACUGGGAAGGCAGAAACUCAUAUGUUCGAUGCAAUUCCACACCAAAAGAGUGUGACUGACUCUGGAAAAGAGUUCAAAUGUAUUAGAUUACAUUUUCAAUCCUACUCUACCAUGUUCAAAUUUUCUUGC